UCUUUCUAUUGGUUGGCUGAUUCCUCAUCUGGCCCACCAGGGUGGCAGACAUUAAAAACCCAUAGGACUGGAAGCAGCGUGAAGCUGUGCAAUCUGUCUGUUAUUCUAUUCAAGAACUGUUGAAAGUUUAUUUACUGAGUUAAAUCAGGCACUACUCCCGUGGUUCCAGUUUAAUCAGUAACACCACUCAGGUAAACAGAUAAUUAACUAACUUUGAUUGCUUUGUUAACAUAUCGACAGGCUUACCAUCAUCUGCAAGGCUUUUAACAGUUUUUAUAAACAAAAAAUAGAAAUAAAUAAUUAUCAUUUGACUGAAAAAUCGAAAGCAUCCAAGACUAAUAUUUGGAAAUUCUAUCAAGAAACCAAGUACCAGCACACCGUGUACCAACAAACUACAGAGUCUUCGUAGUUUAAUUGAACAGAAAUAUCAAACAACAGUUUGUCAGUCAUGAAAACCAUAACUUUCUUGAAAUGUAAUGAUUCUGACUAAAAGUGUCAAAUUUGUGAUGUAAUGAUUCUGACUGAAAGUGUCAAAUUUGUGAUGUAAUGAAUCUGACUAAAAGUGUCGAAUUUGUGAUGUAAUGAAUCCGACUAAAAGUGUCAAAUUUGUGAUGUAAUGAAUCUGACUGAAAGUGUCAUAUUUGUAAAAAUGCGCCAGUAUCGUUAUUUCUUCCUCGUGGGAUUGAUUCUCCAUUUGACGGUCAUCUACGUGAUUAUAAUACAACCAACAUCAGAUCAACUCAACUACAUCAAGGAACAGCAGUCAGAAAUAUCGAUAUCCAGGCCAAUGUUCAAAGAACUGCAGCAGACACAGAGAGAAAUUUUGAACAAAAGAUCUGCAAAUCUGGAUUACGAAUAUGUUUUGGAAGAAAUCAAGAAAAUAAAUAGACAGGCAAAAUAUGUGCCAGGAAAAUUUCAGAAAAUUCAAGGAAUAUUUGUGUUUGGUGCGUAUUUGGAUCACAGGCUACAAGGAGAGCCAAUGGUUAGAAUUCUAGCUCUGCAGAAAUUGAAAGAUACCGAUAGCUUAGUUUGUUUAUUUCAAAAAGACGAAAAAUAUUUUCUGACUUAUACGGAGAAGUAUGAAAUGUGUGAGAAUCAUGGGAAGGUUUAUGGCGGUUACAUGUACUCAUGCUCAAUCCCUAAGCAUUUCAUUGGUCAUCCAGAACAAGUGACAUUAAUGAUCUUGACGGACGAUGAGCAAGAAGAAACAAUUUAUCAUACGAUUAAUUUAUCUCCGCUUCAUAAGAGACGAAAUAUCACAAGUGAUUCAAUUGGUGUCUGCCUUGCUCCUUUAUACGGCGAUAUCAGAAGUUCACAGAUAAUUCAAUUUAUGGAAUUAUCAAAGAUACUGCAAGCAACAAAUGUUUUUGUGUAUAAAUUUAAUGUGUCCAAAAACACAGACAUUUUGCUAAAUUACUAUUCAGCAGACAAAUUUGUGAAAGUCAUUGAUUGGUCAAUUCCAGAAAAUAUCCAGGAUUAUGAAAUCUGGAGUAAAGGCCAACUAUUGGCUAUUCAAGACUGUAUUUAUUCCAAUAUGAACAGAUUUAAAUAUUUAUUAUUUCUGGACCUCGAUGAAAUGUUGAUACCAAAAACCAGCGCAUCUUGGAUAGAAAUGACCCAAGAACUUGAAGUUGCAGACAAUUCCCGAAAGGUGGCUGCGUAUUCUUUCAAAAGUUCUUUUUUUGAUCCUAAAUAUCAAUCAAACUUGGAUCAAAGUAUCCAAUUUCUUCAACUCCGAGAAAGAACUGUGUCAACUAGCGAAGUGCGAUCAAAAGUUAUCAUACGUCCCGAACGUGUAUUUGAAGUUGGAAUUCAUCAUCUAAGUCGUUCCCUUGACGAUGCCUACACUUCUGUUAGUGUAGACCAAUCAAUGGCCUUGAUACAUCAUUAUCGUCCCUGUGUUUCUAAUUUUGACCAAACCAUGGAAUGUUAUCCAACAAUAACUGAUUCGUCUAUUGAAAUCUUUGCCACAGAACUCAAAGAGCAAGUUACGAAAACCCAACAAAUUAUGGCAAAAGUCUAUAAUCAUUUUCAAAAUGUGACUUAUUUCAAGAACGAGUAAACUAAUUUACAAGUCUUAAACUAUCUGUGAUAUUAACUUAUAUUUAAUAAACAUCUACAUGUGAAAUCAUUUGAGGUUAAUCUUUAAUACAUGUACAUGUGAAAUGGGGUUUAACGUCCUACUGUUCUGCUACUGGGCUAACGAAGACGGCCAUACGCCAUACAGUGAGCUAUGAGGCAAAUUUUGCCCAGCCAGCGACACUAUGGCCUACUCUAAAAUUGAAUUCCAACUUCCAAGGGGUCUUUUAUGUGCAUGCCAAUGUAUACAUGGGACUUCUGUCUUUUAUCACAUCCGAACUAGACAACUGUCAGACCCUCUGUCCUGAACCACUGACAACGGGGAAACCAUGUCUGAAAAUCCUGAUGAACUUUCUCGGCCAAUGCAGGAACCAGGGAUCGAACACCCGACUUGCAGGCUAGCGAGCCAGCGUCUCACCCACUUGGCCACUGAGGCUCCCACUGUACUUUGGACCAGGAACCAAGUACAAUGUCAUUCCAGCCAUCCUAGAAUUGUCCAAGGAACAAGCAUGCUAAGAUCCAUGUUGUUUCUAAGAAGAACAAUAAGAUGAGUAGUGCUUGGAUCCCAGUUCCUGAUCCAAGAAUGUGAAAUGAUGAAAUACUGUUUUCUAAUGACAGUGGUAACUUGCAUUAUAUUAAUGCUAACAAACUCUUCAUAUUGUACUGGGGAGGGGGGGGGGAGGUGGAUGGCCGAAUUGUUAGCAUGUGCACUCUGUAUCAUAAGGUCUGUCAUUAUGAGAAAUGGGGUUUAAUGGCUACUCCACACAAACAAGGUAAUUUUGGGACUAACAUAUGGUUAAAUUUUUUUAAUAAUUUGCUUGCACAUAGGGGUCUUUAGCAGUGGGAGGAAACCGGAGGACCCGGAGAAAACCCACAAGGUUGGACAGGCAACCCUACUUUUUGUCACGUACAACCAUGUACAACCAGGGAAUCGACACCAUGCCAGUUGACUCAAUGACAGACCCUAUGAUACAACGCUCAUGCACUAACCAUUCAGCCAUCCACCCCCACCCCCACCCCUAGUAAAUAAAUGUACAUCAUGUACUGUAAAUAAAAGCUUUUGUUUUUUCA